CCUCUUUUUGCAUACUGACCCAGCCCUAGUAACGGAGCUCAAGGCAUGUUUUAUGCUUUGUACAACAGUCAGUGACGUCAUGAGCACAGCCAGGUCAUUAUCAGUUCUGCCAGAUAAGUAGCUAACUGCACUUGAUCUGGAGGAGACAGCAAGGUGCUGUGUGGCAGAGUACUUGGGUUCUCCAAGAAGCAGUGACCAUCAACAUGGGUACAAGCCCGAACUGGUCCUUCUUUCCUGGCAAUCACUGGCUCUACUUCUCCAUGUACCUUCUGGCCUUCCUCGUGGGGCUUCCCCUUAACCUGCUGGCCCUGGUGAUCUUCGUUGGCAAGCUGCGGCGGCGCCCCAUAGCUGUGGACGUGCUGCUACUCAACCUGACCGUCUCCGACCUGCUCCUGCUGCUCUUUCUGCCGUUCCGCAUGGUGGAGGCAGCCAGUGGCAUGCGCUGGCCCCUGCCCUUCAUCCUCUGCCCCAUCUCCGGAUUCCUCUUCUUCACCACCAUCUAUCUCACUUCCCUCUUCCUGACAGCUGUGAGCAUCGAGCGCUUUCUGAGCGUGGCCUACCCGCUAUGGUACAAGACCCGGCCCAGGCUGGGACAGGCCGGCCUGGUCAGUGUGGUCUGCUGGCUGUUGGCCUCUGGUCACUGCAGUGUGGUCUAUGUCAUGGAAUUCUCGGGGAACUUUUCCCACAGCCAGGGCACUAACGGGACCUGCUACCUGGAAUUCCGAGAGGACCAGCUGGCUGUUCUCCUGCCUGUCCGGCUGGAGAUGGCUGUGGUCCUUUUCGUGGUGCCCCUGUUCAUCACCAGCUACUGCUACAGCCACUUGGUGUGGAUUCUUGGCGGGGGGGCCAGCCAACGCCGGCAGAAGAGAGUGGUAGGGCUUGUUGUGGCCACACUGCUCAACUUCCUUGUCUGUUUUGGGCCCUACAACAUUUCCCAUGUGGUGGGCUACAUACUCGGAGAAAGCCCGAUGUGGAGGAGCUUGGUGCUUCUCCUCAGCACCCUGAACUCCUGCAUUGAUCCCCUUGUCUAUUACUUCUCAUCAUCUGGGUUCCAAGCCGACUUUCACAAGCUGCUGAGGAGGCUGAGGGGGGUUAUUUCUCCAUGGCGGCAGGAGGGCAGCAUGGAACUGAAGGUGCAGAAGGAAAGCGAGGGACAUAGGCAGGACUCUGCAGCAUAG